AUGAAGGUGGUUAUUUUGCUUCUCUCGCUGCCAAUCUUCGUCUCAUCAUAUUAUAUAUGUGGUCAUUUCGACCCAAACAGUAUUAAAACUCUAUGGAAUGUCGGUGUCGGGGAAACUCUCCAGAUCACGGGAGGAUUCUUUGAACAAAGAAACUGCUACAAGCUGCCCAAAUUUAUAACGACCGCAAAUGGAACAUGGUAUGCAUCUCCCCAAGAAGGAGAGGCGCAAGACUACUAUUUGUUGGUGCAUAAUAUUUCGAAUGAAACCACGUUUAACGCGGGAGUCGGACAGAAGAACACAUCGAUUGUUUCGUUGGAUGAAGACCCGAUCAUUUCACUACUGAACAACACAACUGUGCGAACCGAGAUUCUUGAGACAGAGACUCCAGAGACUCCAGAACUAUUCGAAAUGCCACCAAUCGAGUCUGACGAGGAAGUGGAUCUUCUUCAAGAACUCAAUCUCUUCGUGGAAACUCCUGAAACCACUUCACCUCUGGAAACCCCGGCAACUCCAAAGAUUCAGCCUUCAACUACCACCAAAGGUCGAAUGGCAGCCGUACUCCUUGCAUUGAUUUUCGUGGUGGUUAUUCUCAUCGCUCUUGGUUACUACGGAUGUGAAAAAACAAAGAAGAAAGCUACAUCCGAAAAAGUUCACAUGGGCUCAGUUCUUCAGGAAAAAGUAUAA